AAAAAUUUGCAUCAACCUCAUCAGGUCCACCCAAAAACGCUGUUCCACACGCUUGGUCAUUUAGACGCAGUGCUAUCGCUGUAUACAUCGCGUCCUGUUCAUCGGCAGCAUUUCGUGAACAUCGGAUCUAGUCACAGGACGCCUCACUAUAUACCCACCUUUGUUUUACUUCCAGAAUUACUGUGAUCACCUCGAAAUCCUCUCCAGAAUGCCCGAAUAUCUUGUGUUCUUCGUUCACCAGCACUUCGAUUUCCGUUACCCAGAACUGGAGGCUUUACUGACAAUGCAGAAGCUCCCCAGCGUCGAGGAGACGGUGCUGAAGGACCCGGAGACCGGAAAACUACCGGAACCCGAAAGCUCCCCGCUCGUGCGGGUUCAACUCCCGUCAGCAGAACAUGCCAAAUUCCUCUCUGAGCGUGGCAUCCUUGUCAAGGGCGUGUACGAGGUGUGGGGUCACACAGCCAAUGGUGGUGGCUACGACGAGCUCGUAUCAUCGGUAGAGGCCUUCCAGGGACCACAGAAGCAGCAGAUUUUGCAGGACGACAAACGUUCGUGGCGUAUCAACGUGGCUGUGUUCGGCAAGAAGCUAAGCAUGGACGAACAGCGCGAACGCCGUGAAAAGUUUCGGGACGCUCUGCCCUUUGCUGGUCCUGUGCAGAUGAAGAAUCCGGACGAGACUUUCCUGGUGCUGGAGGAACUGGGUCUGGACCAGGAUCUGAAUCCGGGUAUGAAACCCAAGCAGAUAUUUUUCUUGCGUGAGCUGGCCGGAAGCGAGAAGAAUCGAGGACGCGGCGGCGCACGAGAUCUGGUCGAUCAACAGACGCUGAAACGCAGAGCGUACAUUGGCCCCACGUCGAUGGAAUCGGAAAUGGCUCUGCUGAUGUGCAACAUGGCUCUGGUACAGCCCGGGGACCUGGUGAUCGACCCGUUUGUAGGCACUGGCAGUGUCUUGAUCCCGUGUGGAACUCACGGUGCAAUGUGUUACGGCACGGACAUUGACAUUCGGGUGCUGCUAGGUACUGGCGUUGGUGUCACGGGCGCUGGUGUUGUCGUCACAGACGAUAAGUCCGACGAGAAGGAGCGUGUGAACGUUAUUACCAACUUUAAGCAGUAUGGCCUUCCGCUUCCAGAGCUUGUGCGCGCUGACAACUCCAUGUCACCUCUCGUUAAGCAGUGUAAGGGUUUCUUCGACGCGGUGGUAUGUGAUCCGCCCUAUGGAAUUCGUGCCGGUGCUCGUAAGAGUGGACGCAAGCGCCAAAUCAAGAGCGAUGUGAAUAUGGCAAGCAAGCAGGCAAACUACAUCGCCCCUACGCAGCCGUACGCGGCCGAAGACGUGAUGAAAGAUCUGCUGGAGUUUGCUGCCCAGACGUUGCGCGAAGGUGGCCGGCUCGUGUAUCUGCUACCCACAACGUACGAAUACACGGACUCCGAUCUACCUCGCCACCCUAGCCUGCAGGUGAUUGCGAACUCGGAACAGAAGCUUACUAAAAAGUACGCAAGACGUCUCAUUACAAUGGUGAAGCGUACACCAAGCGCAGAGGAGAUGGCUGCGGUUGAGAGUGCCGCGACAACUAAGUGCAACCCGGGUGAUGUAAGUUUCGCGAACCUGCGAGAGAAGAUCCGGAAGCGUAAGUCAGAAGACGUGGAGGGACUGGAACAGCACUAAACUAUAGAGAAGCAAAGUGGUGAUAUUGAGUUCCACUGGGCUUUGCUUGGAAGUGACUACAAUUUCUAAUAGACUUGCAUUGUGUAGAGAAG